CUUAAACGCUAUAGUAGGGAUGGAAAAGUCGACUCUGACUUUAGUCGAAAAUCGAUCUUUUAUUAGAAAUAAUAGACUUUUUAGGAUCGAUUCAAGCUUGUCUUGAAUCGAUUAAAAUCGACUUUUACUCGAUGACUUUGACAGUUGAUGAAUUAAGAUAAUCACUAUAAGAUUACUUUUAAAAGCACAAUACAAAGUACAAAGUACCAAUCGAAGCGUUUCUUUAUAAAUAGCUUCUUUCUGAUUUUCUGAUUGGUCUAUAACAAUAUAAUGUUUAUAUUGCCGCCGGUAAUUGAUGUAAUUAACUUUUUAAUAUACGGUACAUAGUAUUGAACAAUUCUUUAUCAUGGCUCCCAGUUUGAUAUGGGCCUAUUGCACAAAAGUUAACAAUGGCAGUAAAGUUAAGUGUGAUUUAUGUCAUAAACAGUUUUUGUUUAUUAAAAGCACAUCAACAAUGAUGAAGCACUUACAAUGUGCUCACAAGAUUGCUCCUCCGUCAUGUAAUGAAAAACAAACUCAGAAAAGAUUGAAUGACAGUCACAAUGAUUUCGAAGUUCAGCCUAAAAAAGUUUUAGUCGCUGUCGAAUCAUCUGUUCCAUCGGUUGCUUUGGUAUCUCAAACAAAAUCAUCUCUUCAAGAAAAUACCACAGUACAAUCUCAGGUCCAAGGUCCUAUGGAUCGUUGUAUAAACAAUGCUAAUUCUUUUUCAGCUGGUGGACGUAGAUAUGAUCAAGCUACCACAGCUCUUUUACGAAUGAUCGCUGUUGAUAAUAUGCCUCUGUGUACCACAGAAAGACCAGGAUUCAGAAAAUUUAUUAAAACACUGCAACCGUUGUAUCACAUACCCUGUGUGCCAACUAUAACUAAUGCUAUGAGUCGUAAAUAUCAAGAUUUGUCGAAUAAAAUAAAACUUGAACUGCGACAGACUGAAUCUGUGUGUCUUACUACUGAUAUCUGGACUCACCAACACACAAUGAAAAGCUAUCUUGGCUUAACAGUUCACUAUCUGAAAGAAACUGAGAUGAAGACUGUUGAGCUGGGCGCUUAUCUCAUGGAAGAGAGGAAAACAAUAGAAAAUUUGAGCUUGAAAUUAAGAAAUAUAUGCAAUGACUGGGGUAAAACAGCAGUAUUCGUUUCAGACGGGGGCGCAAACAUCAAAGGAGCUAUUAAAAGUGAGUUCGGCGAUGGGAAACACAUUUCAUGUUUUGGACAUGUAAUAAAUAAUAUUGGUCAGCGCCUUAUCGAAGUUAAUAUUACUCCACCUGCAUCUGAAUCUCGAAAUCAAGUUUCCGACUUACCCGCUGAUGAAAAUGAUGCUAUUGACAAUCUUGAAGACUUAAUUACAGAUCAUACUGAGCAAUCGUCAUUGCGUGAGCUAUUGUCAAAAGUUAAACAAAUUGUCACAUUCUCUCGACAAAGUGAAAGAGCGACUACAGAGCUGCUGAAAUUACAGAAGGACAAGCCUGAAAAUUCUCGUCUGAAAUUAAUUCAGGAAGUGCGAACGAGAUGGAACUCCUGUUUUGAAAUGGUUGACCGUUUCAUUGUGCUUGCUGAUCAUGUCAGUAAAGUGCUUUUACAAGUGAAGAUGGACAAAUCUUCGAAAGCUAAGCCACCUAACAUGAUCACAGGUGAGGAAAUCGAUGCGUUAGUAGAAGUUCGUGACAUCUUAAAACCUCUCUAGCAAAUAACUCUAGAGGUUUGUUUUGAGAAAUGUGUAACAUUGAGCAAGUGCAUUCCUUUGAUUUCAAGUCUUAGAAAAAAGAUUGAAGAGUUAACGCCAGAAACUUUAAUUGGGCGACAUUUGAAAAAGAGAAUGGUUCAAGACAUCGAAACAAAAUACGGCAAUAUUGAAUCCGUAAAACUGUACGCUUGUGCAACAUUGGUUGAUCCUCGUUAUAAAAAGUUUGGUUUUCAAAGUAUUCGGGAUUCUGCACGAGCGGUAACUAAUGUCGCUGAUCUUGUCAAGACAGAACGAAAAUUAGCAUUGGCAGCAACGGUGGCAAAUAUUAACCCUCAAGAUGAGAUAUUAGCUAUUCAAGGUCCGGAAUCUCAGAAAACGAACGAUGACAAAGAUGAUGUAUGGUCUUAUUUUGAUAACACUGUGAGUUGUAGGUCCAAUCUUGCAGAUUCUGAUGAGGCUGGAGGAUUACCAAUACAAUUACGACAAUAUUUGACACGCCCGGCUGUCAAUCAGAAACAAAAUCCUAAUCCGUUCACUGUGUGGGAAAGUAUGAAAUAUGAAUAUCCGUAUCUAUGGAAAGUAGCUAAAAAGUACUUGCCAAUAGUUGCAACGUCUGUACCCUGUGAGCGAUUAUUUUCACAUGCAGGACUUAUCGCAAAUCAGUUGAGGAGUCGCUUAUCACCUCAGCAUAUUAAUGAGCUAAUAUUUUUAAGAUCAAUCGGCGAAGAAAUGUGGUUUUCGUAGUUAUUUAUUUUUAAAUGUUUUUUUUUUUUAAUUAAAAAAAAAAAGCAAUUUUAUUAUCCAAUACCAAAAUGUAUGCAAUGAAAUCCUAAAAUACUUUUUAUAAUAUGUUAAAAACUAAAAAAAUAUUGAUAUAUCUAAUGAAUUUCGUGUACGAGUUGCUUAAUUUAUAAAAAGUCAACUUAAGUCACAAAAGUCGACUAUCGGGGUUGAUUAAUUGACUUCCAGAAUCGAAAAACUAGAAGUCAAUUCCAAAGUCAAAAAUCGAUUCCGCUCGCGCUCUUUCCAUCCCUACGCUAUAGUUAAUUAUAGAACUCGGAAGCUUGUUACAGACAAUGCAACACUACCGAUUUAUUUUUGUGAAAAAGAAGAAUACGAAGUACAGACAUAUUUCAAAAAUGAAAAUUUGCAUGUACUUUUUUGUAAAAACGAAUUAUGAGACAGUGCACUUAAUAGCACAUUUGCAAAACAUUUGAAUUCAAGAAGUGAAGAUUGCAAAACCGCAAUGGUAUUUAAUAAUGAAAAUAUACAAAACGAUAUUAGCGAAGAACAGGUAUAAACUUGGUCCACAGACGGGACAGUUCACAGUAUACAAGAGGAUAACUUAACAUAAAUUUUUACCACAGGAAAAUCGGUUAAUUAUUACAAAAAUCAAAACUAUCUUAGUUAUGGUCAAAACGAGAAGUUUUAUAUAAAAAUUGUACACAAAAAGUGUCAAUCACAUAUCGUUGUAACAGAAAACUCAAAUUUAAAAGUAAUAAUGCAAAAAGUACUUGUUGAAAAAUUAUAUAUAUAUAUAUAUAUAUAUAGAAGUUCAGGCUGGUCAGACUGUCCCCAUGCCAAAUUUUCUUUUGAAAGGGCAGAUAAUAUAUUACUUCUUUAAGGGGUUAUAUACAGUUAGAAUUUUCAAAAAAUCGAUUUUUUUAUUUCAUUUUCUUAAUGUACAUAUAUUUAAGAAUACACACAGAAAAUUUUAUAUCGCUCCGGUGAAUAUUUUCAAAGUUACAAGCAAAUGAAAAAUUUGAAAAGGCGUUUCAGAGUGCUUUUAAGUACAAGGUCCAAACUUUAAACGCGUUUUUCUCAAAAUGGUGUUUUCAAAGUCGGUGACCGACAUUACUCGAAAACGGCUGGACCGAUUAGUCUCAAAUUUUAACACGACCUUCUUAAAUAUAUUUUUUAGUAAUUAAUCGUAGAUUUUUUCUCUCCGAUAAAAAUUUUUUUUUAUAUAAACAAUUUAAAGCCGAAAUUUCGGUGAAAAAGCGAUUUUUUUUUGUUGAGAAACCGCCAUUUUGUCAAAAAAUUUUAUUUUGCUUAUUCCUUCGAUUAAUUACUAGAUUUAACAUUAUUUUAACGAAAUCUAUUUGGUUUUUUAAUUUCGGAUGAUCCAGUUCCGAGAUAUAGUGGUCACCGCAAAACGUCUUUUUUGAGAGGAGCUCCUGGAGAUCAGCUGUAGCUCUUUUUCAAAUAAAUAUUUUUACUAAAACUAAGUCUUAAAAUACAGUUAAAAGAUACCAUAAUAUGUGUAUAAAUUUUUGGAUCAAUAAAUUAAAUAGUUUUCUCAGAAAAAAUUCUGGAAAAUUCACUUUUUUUCGGCCGUCUAACUGUAUAUAACCCCUUAAAGAGUCAAAACUACUUUGAGAGAGCUUAAGAAUUUUUAUUUUAUUUUUGCUUCGUUUAUUUAUAAUAGAGAGUGAAUUUAAUUUAUUUGUUAUUUUAAUUUUAUGGUUUGUUCGUCUAGGAAAAAGAGUAUCUUUGAUUUAUAACAUUAUUUUAAAUUUAGUUUUUGCUUUUGGUAAAAUAAUCUUGACGUCUCUCCCCUGGACGUCGAAAAGUAAUAAAAUAUGUAUAAAAUAAGUAUAAAGUGACCUUACGUGAAAAGGUAAAUAAAGAGGACAAAAAUCAUAAUACAGAGGUGUCAUGAAAAAAUCCAAAGUUUCUUUUUGGCCGUUUUCUCUAUGCAUUUGAAACCUCUUAUCGUAGAAUCACCCAUGCAUUAUAAAGUGAACGAAUCAGAAGAAUUCAAAAUUGAGUUACGGUUGUGAACGGACUUUCAUUGAAAUCGAUCGAGUAGUCCUUGAGAUAUGGGUUUUUCAGCGCAGUUUCAGUGCAGCUUUUUUCUGAUAUUUUUUCGGUAAAAUAAAUUUUUCUGGCGUUUUUCGUUAAUGAGUUAACCCACUUUUAGUCAUUUUCAACCUAACCUUUGUAUGGGAGGUGGGCGUCGUUAUUAUCCGAAUUUUUUCAUUUUUGGACUGCAAAAAGUUUGAUUUAUACAGUUUUUUUGGUUUGCAAGAUAUAUACAAAAAACCCAUUCGGGGCGAUGUCACGCCCACUUUUCAAAACAAAUUACAUCCAAAUGUGCCCAUCUAUAAUGUGAUCCUAUGUUCCAAAUUGUGCAUAACUUUAUUAAUGGCUUAGUUAUGACACUGUAUAGGUUUUCGGUUUUCGCCAUUUUGGGGGCAUGGCAGUUGCAGAUUUUGCCCAAUUUCGAAAGCAACCUCCUCAGGGUGCCAAGGAAUAUGUGUUCCAAGUUUCAUUAAGAUAUCUUAAUUUUACUCAAGUCAUCGCUUGCACGGACAUACGGACAAACGGACAGACGAACGGACAGACAGGAUUUCAAUUCCAAUCGUCACCCUGAUCAUUUAUAUAUAUAUAUAACCCCAUAUCAAACUCGUUUAUUUCUUGGUGACACAAACCACCGAUAUGUGAACAAAACUAUAAUACUCUAUGCAACAUGUUGCGAGAGUAUAAUUAUAGAAUUUCAAGGCGUAAUGUUAAUAAUUUUAUUAAAAAAAUGAAGAAACCUGCGCGCAAACUGUCUCACAAAAACCCACAAUAAGGUUAAUCUUGCAGCUGCAUCAACUCAGCGUAUUGAAGUAAAAGUCAAUACACUGAUCAGGAGAUUAAAAAAAAAUUGCAUGAAACCCCAAAUUGUGCACAAAAUUGUGGCUACAAUAUGGGAAUACACGCUUUAAAUGUCACAAUUAAAUUAAUUAUUAUAUUAAAGAUAACUCCUUUUUGGCUCAAAAUAGUUUCAGGAAUCAGAAAGUAACAUAACAAUUUACACAGUUACAUUGCAAAAUAAUCGUUGAUUUUAAUAUAUCUUUAAAUUGGCGUUAAUAAAAACUAAGUGUGCCACCGUUCUUCGCAAUAACAUCCAGCAUUAAGACCCAAACGUAUCUUUUAAAUAAAAGAUAAUAAUUUUUAUGAUGAAGCUCGAUGUAUGGUUAUCAGACUCGUUUACUCAAAGCCUCGGGGACCGAAUUUCCAUCUGUGAAUCGCUGCUUAACUCAACAAAAUCGAUAAAUUCCUUAAGCAUAUGGUUACUGUUAAUGAAACGAGGUUCACUAACAUCAAGCGAAAACUGUCGUAGUAGCAUAGCGGUGAGAUGACAGUUAGAAAGGUUUUGCUGUGCGUUUCAAAUUCAAUAAUUUACUUUGAGCUAUCUCCUUAUGGGCAAACUUAAAUCGAACUUGAACUGUCACCAAUGGGAUCGUUUGAAGUAAGCAAUAGCCCAAAAGCGGUCAACUUUUGUCAAAAGGAGAAUAGGAAAACGCCAGGCUACACAUUUCGAUAGUUACUCGAUAGAAGCACCAGGAUCUUCUUUAUGAGGUUCAUUUGCAUUAAAACAUUGCAUUGUAUUCAAGAAAGGAACAUGGCAUAGCUGAUGCGCAAAAAAGCGCACAUACUUUUUUAUCCAAGACUAAUUCUAUGUUAGAUUUCGAGACUGAAUACUAACAAUAUUGUUGAUGCUGGUUCCAAGGUAUACGAUAUAUAUCUCACAUAAUACGCUCGAUAUGUGAUAUUGUUAAUCUACCGUCUUGAAUGCCAGGACUCGGUGAUGAAGCCUCUCUCUCUCACCACAAAUCCUAUCUCAAAAUUGCGCUCCUUUGUAUGACCUCUGCAGUAGACCUUACAAAGAACCGUCCUUGUCCCGUCCAUCGAACCGCUUGGAAGUUUCUUUUUCACCUUUGCUCGUCUCUAAUCGGCUGUAUGUUGGCUACACAGAGAAUAUAGGUAUAUUUGUUCCUGCGAGGUAAAUAAGGCUACAGUGAAACAAUUCCAACCAUUUCUGUCACAUGCCAUUCGCUUUAUUUCGCCCCAACUUUUUCCUGUAUGUCUGAGGUCAGCGUCCAAAUGUAUUCUCCAUGCAUGAGUAGGGGGCUUAGAUUACAUUAGAUUUAUUGGAGGAUCGCACUGCGACCUACGGUCUAUUGUGACCUCUCCUAUUUAUCACAGAAUACCGUCCAAUCCUGUAGCUCUAAGAAGAGUAGCGGACUUACUUUGUAUUGCGAUGCGAAUAAAAUAUUGUUCACACUCGCAAGAAAGGUACAAUGUAGUGCGAUUUCCCUUUCGCAUUUGUAGUUCUCUAUAAUUCGAAUUUAUAUUUUUAUACUCUCGCAACAAAACUUGCUAAAGAGAGUAUUAUAGUUUUGUCCACAUAACGGUUGUUUGUAAGUCCUAAAACUAAACGAGUUAGAUUUAAGGUUAUAUAUACCAAAGUGAUCAGGGUGACGAGUAAAGUUCAAAUCCGGAUGUCUGUCUGUCCGUCCGUCCGUCUGUCUGUCCGUGCAAGCUGUAACUUGAGUAAAAAUUGAGAUAUCUUAAUGAAACUUGGAACACAUAAAAAGGUUAAGUUCGAAGAUGGGCGAAAUCGGACCAUUGCCACGCCCACAAAAUGGCGAAAACCAAAAACACAUAAAGUAUCAUAACUAAGCUAAUUUGGAACAAAGGAUCACACUAAGAAGGGGCAUAUUUGGAUGUAACUUUUUUGGGAAAAUGGGCGUGGCCCCGCCCCCAAAUCGGUUAUUUGUAUAUAACUCGCAAACCAAUAAAGCUAUAUAAACCAAAAUUUCUGCAGUCGGUUCUCUUACGUACCCCACCACACACCAUGAAAAUAGUUCAAAUCGGAUAAUAACCACGCCCACCUCCCAUACAAAGGUUAGGUUGAAAAUUACUAAAAGUGGGUUAACUCACUAACGAAAAACGUCAGAAACACUAAAUUUCACAGAAAUAAUAGCAGAAGGAAGCUGCACUCAUAUUUUUUUACAAAAUAAAAAAUGGGCAUCGCCUACUUAUGGGUCAAAAACCAUAUCUCAGUAACUACUCGACAGAUUUCAAUGAAAUUCGGUGUAUAAUAUUUUCUUGACACCUUGAUAACACGGAUAAAAAAUGGGCGAAAUCGGUUCACAACCACGACUACUUUCCUUAUAACUCAAUUUUGAAUUCCAUCUGAUUCCUUCACUUUAUAAUAUAUACAUAAGGAACCAAUGAAGAUAGCGGAAUAAAACUUUACACAAAUAGUGCAUAUCAUCUCUGGCUUCACUUGUGAAAAAAUUGUCGAAAACGAACUAUAACUUUUCAAGGUCCCAGAUAUCUAAUAUUUUAACUCUGCUCCUAAGGGUAAAUUUUAACUGAAAAUAUGGGUAAAUCUCUCAGAUAAUUUAAUGUAAUUCAGAAGAAAUUGUUUUCUUCUAAUAGUGUGACUCUGUUUGUUAAAAUCUGGUAAUAACUUCCCCUAGCUCCCAUAUAUCUAAUUAUAGCCCUGCUGGUGAAAAUGAAUGAAAUCGGUUCAGGAAUGACCUCAGCCCUCAUAUACUAUAUGUAAGGAUUUUCGUUAUUCUAUGAAACUUUAUGCCGAAUUUAAUAAAAUUUCAUCAAUAACUUGCGAGUGUAUAAAAUGCUCGGUUGCACCCGAACUUGGAACGGCUAAGUUCGUUUCUUGUUUUUUUCUUGCUGCAAGAACGAAGCUAUCGCAGCACAUACAAUAUGUAAGUAUGUAUUAUUAAUUUACAUAGAUAAAAAGUCUCAUCAAACAACUACGGAAGGGCUAAUUGCGGAGGUAACCGAACACUUUAUACUCUCGCAGUUUAUUUAUUUAAUUUUAUUAAGAUAGCACUCAAAUUGACCCAUAUAUUCAUAUAAAUAGUAUUUGGGGCCGACGUAAUUUCUGGUUCGAUUUCACACAUUCUGGCCACAAAGCUUUAUUAUAUCCAAGAUUAUACGGUCACUUAAUUUUGAUAAGAUAUCUCUCACAAUAUCUCAGCAUCUCUUUAUAGUACCAAGAAACACGUGUAUCAAUUUUCAUUAAGAUAUCUCAAUUAUAACUCAAGUUAUCGUUCGUACGGACAUACGGACGGACAGAAAAUGAUUUCCUCUUAAUUAAAUUGAGAUAUCUGAGAGAUUUAUCGAUAUUUUCGGUGAAAAAUCACCAUAAGGCACGGAGUUCUUCAUAUUCCAUAUCCGGGGCAUUGAAAAGUUAUAGUCCGAUUUCGGCAACUUUUCACGAGUGAUGUCGCGGAUCAUAUACAGUAUUUGUGUACAGUUUUAUUUCGCUAUCUUCAUUGGUUCCUUAUGUAUACCUUAUAAAGUGAAGAAAUCAGAUGGACUUCAAAAUAGAGUUAUAUGGGAAGUUGUCAUGGUUGUGAACCGAUUUCUUCCAUUUUCCAAGAAAUUGAAAUCUGUCGAGUAGUUCCUGAGAUAUGGUUUUUGACCCAUAAGUGGGCGAUGCCACUCCCAUUUUCCAUUUUGUAAAAAAAAUCUGACUGCAGCUUCCUUCUGCGUUUUUCGUUAGUGAGUUUUUUUUUUCAAUAUUUCUUUAUUUAUUGAAUCUGCUUUGUUUAAAGCCUAACAAUAAGUAUUAAAAUCUUAAAUCUAUUUACAACUAAGUAAGCUCAAGAAUGUGUUUGAGCUUUUUGGCAGAACGUUGCUCUUUAGUAGGCAGGUAGAUCUCUUUUUUUAAACGAGUUUGAUUGGAAUGUACCAAGGCGUUUGUCAAUGGGUUUGGAUGUUCACGAAGUUUAGAAAUAUAUUUCUUUCUGUUGUCCUCUAUUUCCUUCUUUACCAUAGGAAUAUCAAGAUCCUUAUGGAUAUUUUCAUUACGCAUGUACCAUGGUGAACCCGUUAUUGUUCUAAGCAUUUUAGAUUGGAAUCUCUGAAUUAUAUCAAUGUUGGUUGCACAGGUCGUACCCCACAGUUGAAUACCAUACAUCCAAAUCGGUUUUAUGAUUGCAUUGUAUAACAGGACUUUGUUGUCUAGGCUAAGUUUAGAAUUUUUGUUUAGAAGCCAAUUUAAAUUUGCUGCUCUUAACUUCAUGCAAGUUACUUUACUCGCUAUAUGUUUCCGCCACGUAAGCCUUCGAUUCAGGUGAAUCCCAAGAUAAGUUACUUCAUUCGCUUGGGGUACUAAUACAUUGCUUAUUUUAACUGUCCGACAUGUUUCUGGCCUUAGAGAAAAUGUAACAUGCUUGCAUUUUUGCUCAUUAAUUUUUAUACGCCAGUUGGCUAGCCAUUCUUCGACACAAGUUAAGUGCUCCUCUAAUACUCUUGAUGCUCUAAUGGGGCAUUUGUUUCGGCUUACUAUGGCUGUGUCAUCCGCAAAAGUGGAUGUCAAUACGUUAUUAGCUAUUGGAAUGUCUGCUGUAUAUAUUAUGUACAGAGUGGGGCCUAAUACACUGCCCUGAGGUACACCGGCCCUUAUUGCUCGUUCUUCUGAUAUAAAAUCUGCUACUUUAACCGUAAAUUUCCUAUUUCUUAAAUAUGACUCCAAUGUUUUAUGCAAUUCGUAAGGUAAAACGUUUUUGAUUUUCCAUAAAAGGCCUUCAUGCCAGACCUUAUCGAACGCCUGAGCUACAUCGAGAAAAAUAGCUGAACAGUACUCUCUGUGCUCGAAUGCUUUCCUGAUUUCGUUUGUAAUUCUAUUCACUUGCUCUACUGUGCCAUGUUUAGCACGAAACCCGAAUUGAUGGGUUGGUAUUAUAUUAUUUUCGUGGAGGAAAGGAGAAAUUUUUGAUAGUAAAACUUUUUCGAAUAUUUUGGAAAGACAUGGUAAGAGACUUAUUGGUCUGUAGGAAGACGGCUGUGUCAGGUCUUUCCCCGGUUUAUCUAUCAUGAUUAUCUGCGACUUUUUCCAUGAAAUAGGAUAGUAUCCGAAACUAAAAAUUGCAUUAAAGAGCAAGGAGAGCACUGAUAUAGCAAUAUUUGACAACUCAAUUAACAUUUUUGGAGUAAUAUUAUCGUGUCCUGAAGACUUUUUCGGAUUUAGCUCUUUUAGGAUCUUGAUAAUUUCAUAAGUAGACGUCCUAAUAGACACGCUUGACUCGUUUGCAAUAUUGGGCAAAGUUGGCAACUUAAAGUUGGUUUUUGGUCCAUUGAGUGCAGAGUUGAAGGGGAACGACUUAACUGUCAUUCGCGUCUAGCUCGCCUUUUUUCCUUCACAAGCUUUUCUAUUUCAAUAUUAGUCACGUUUCUAAAAACCUUAAUGUUUCUUUUUGGUGUUGCCAAGACAGCUGCAUUAGUUACUACAUCAUUAAAUUCUUCUAUACUGUUAUCAAUAUCUUUUCCUGUAUUUAUUUUUAAAUCUAUGUUAAUGUGGCUACUGAUAUAUUUUCUAUAUUUCAACCAGUUAGUUUUAAAAAUGUUAGAGAUACUUUUGGCUCAACUAUCAUGGGCUGUUCGCAUAACUUUAUUAGUACAGGAGAAUGAUCUGAAGAUAAGUCUGUACAUGUAUCUGCUGUUAUUAGCGAUCUAUCUAUAUUUUUGACUACAGCAAAAUCUAUUAAGUCUGGUAUUUCGUUUCUAUCACUGGGCCAGUAUGUCGGCUUACCAGGAGAUAUUAUAUCAAGGUUAUUGUGCUUAUUUAUAAUAGUGUAGUACAGCUGUCGUCCUUUCGGAUUAAUAAGACGUGAGCCCCAGUACAUGUGUUUUGCAUUAUAAUCACCACCUGCUAGAAAUCUUGGACCUAGCGUUCCAAAAAAAUGAGUUAGUGAGUUAACCCACUUUUAGUAAUUUUCAACCUAACCUUUGUAUGGGCCAACCUAACCUUAUGUUAUGAUCCUAUUUCCUUAAUUUUUGGACUGUGUUAAGAAGUGGCUAAAGGAAACGACUGCAUAAAGUUUGGUUUAUAUAGCUUCAAUGGUUUGCGAGAUAUAUACAAAUAACCGAUUUGGGGGCGGGGCCACGCCCACUUCCCCAAAAAAAUUACAUCCAAAAAUGCCCCUUCCUAGUGCGAUCCUUUAUUCCAAAUUUUACUGUUAUAACUUUAUUUAUGUCUUAGUGAUGACACUUUAUGUGUUUUUGGUUUUCGCCAUUUUGUGGGCGUGGCAGUGAUCCGACUUUGCCCAUUUUCGAAAGCAACCCUCUCACGUUCACAAGGCACAUGUGUUCCAAGUUUCAUUAAGAUAUCUCAAUUUUUACUCAAGUUAUCGCUUGCACGGACAGAGGGACGGACGGACAUCCGGAUUUCAACUCCACUCGUCAUCCUGAUCAUUUAUAUAUAUAUAUAUAUAGCCCAUAUCUAACACUUUUAUUUCUUGGUGACACAAACAAUCGUUAUGUGAACAAAAGUAUAUUACUCUCUUUAGUAACUUUGUUGCAAGAGUAUAAUUAACAGUAAUGUUUACAAAGCUCCGAAUUGUAUGCAUUUUUGUGUUUGUCUUGUUUUGAUUUUUCAAAUCUUGAUCAGUAUUUCCAAAAUACAAAAUGAGCCAUCGAAAAGCAAUUCAGAGUUCCAAAAGAUUAUCGCGAUGCAUUUCAUUUUCAAAACGCAUUGUUUUUCGUGUCGCUAUACAGAGUAGACCCCCAGGUCUGCCAACGCGUUUUCGAGGAGUGUUCCAAUCAAUAGCAUUUCUUGGUCAGGAACGAUUCUUUUGCAUGUGGCUCAAACAGCUCACGACUUCCGGUCUUAGACCAAAUAUCCUCUAGGUAGCCGACAUACAUCAGUUUGGAGGCGAGCUAAAUUGAGAAGGCGAAUCCUGCUUAUGCGGUUGUGGGUAGGAUUUGGGACCCACCUCAUAAAAAAAACCCCCCAAAUGAAAAGGAAGCAACAGCCUCGGAUGAGAGACCCCAAUUUUGAUGACGACCACUGCAAACGUAUAAAGGACUACGAAUUAAGUGCAUGCACCAGGAAUGUCCGGACCCUUAAUUGGGAAGUUGCCUCUGCCCAGCUGGUUGAUGUCCUCGUAAGAGUAAGGGCUGACAUCACCGCCAUCCAAGAAAUGCGAUGGAUGGGGCAGGGACGUAAGAAAGAAGUGGCCAUAUAAAGGAGAGCAAAUUUGAUAUUGGAUUUGUGGUGGGAGAAAGACUCCGUCGAUGAGUCCUACCAUUCACCCCGGUGGAAAUACGUCUAGCCACAAUCCGCAUCAAAGCGAGGUUUCUACUCGACUUGCACUCCUGCACUCUGAGAGCACUCAUCAGCAACUCGGUAUAAGGGAACUGUGGGGCGGCAUAUCAAGCUCCUUGCUUGCAGCUGCAACCGAAACCAUAGGCUAUCGGAAAAGUAAAAAAAAACAGCUGGUAUGAUGAAGAUUGUCGUCUCGCAGUGGAGAGAAAACAGACUGCCUACCUCGUCAUGUUGUGAUCGACCGCAACACGAGCGGGAUGGGAUAGAUACCGAUAAGAGGGAAGCGAGACGCAUUUGCAGACAAAAAAGAAAGAGACCGAAAUGCGUGAGUAUGAAGAACUUGACAAACAGUGUGGCUUUAGACCAGGAAAGUCAACAACUGACCAGAUAUUCACCAUGCUUCAAAUCUUGGAAAGGACCCGUGAAAAAAGGAUCGACACCAUCGCUUUGUUGAUUUUAAAGCUGCUUUCGAUAGCACGAAAAGGAGAUUUUCAAACUGGAUAAGGAAGCGAAGCAUAUGGGUCUGGAGGUGAACGAGGACAAGACGAAAUAUCUCCUGUUAUUUAACAAACAGUCAGCGCAUUCACGUCUUGGCUCCCACGUCACUAUCCACAGUCAUAGCUUUGAAGUUGUAGAUAAUUUCGUUUAUAUGGAAACCAGCAAUAACAAUGUCAGCCUGGAAAUCCAACGCAGAAUCACUCUUGCCAACAAGUGCUACUUUGGACUGAGUAGGCAAUAUAAAAGUAAAGUCCUCUUUCGACGAACAAAAACCAAACUCUACAAGUCCCUCAUCAUUCUCGUCCUACUUUAUGGUGCAGAAGCGUGGACAUUGUCAACAUCCGAUGAAGCUACCCUGGGAGUUUUUUCAGAGAAAGGCUUUGCGGAAGAUUCCUUAAAUAUUGGCAACGGCGACAUUGACAUAGUUCCGCGAAUAAAAAGACAGCGUCUACGCUGGCUAGGUCAAGUUGUUCGAAUGGACGAAAAUGCUCCAGCUCUGAAAGUGUUCGAUGCAGUACCCACUGGUGUAAUCCGAGGAAGACCUUCACUCCGUUGGAAGUACCAGGUGGAGAAGGACCUGGCUUCACUUCGCGUUACCAAUUGGCGCCAUACUGCCAAAAGAAGAAACGAAUGAUGCGCUGUUGUGGACUCGGCUAUAAUCGCGUAAGCGGUGUCGACGCCAGUCAAGAAGAAGAAGAAGUGGAUUUUGUUUGCCGCACCGUAGUGUUUGAUUGAAGAUUUUAUUCAGUCAGUAAAUGCGUAGUAUUCUACCAAGAAAGACCCAUACAGCAAAACAGAUUUUAUAUUAGAAUCAAACAAACGCGUUUUUGUCCGUAUGGAUAAGUGUUGUGGUUCUCAUAUGCUUUCGAUUACUUAUAUCCUCAGAGGAGGCUCCUGAAGCGGUUAUCAUGCAGCCAAGAUAUACAAAUGAUUCAACGACGUCUUCUACAUACCCUCCAAGCACUGUGAUAAAAAGUAGAGGUGACCAAACAUAUACUUGUCGCACGCCACUUUCCACUGGAAUACUGCUACCAAGUUGGCUAUUGUGUAAUACGCCAGAACUGGCACCCGAGUACUGUCCCUUUAUAACUGCAAUGAGGGUAUGCGGGACUCCUAUACAGAGCGCCCCAAAUUGCACGAUGACAUAGCAUAUCGAACGCCUUUUCAAAGCCUAUGAAAGUUGCAUAUUGCGGGGAGCUCCACUCCGCCGACUGUUCUACGAUUAUUCGCAGCGUGUUUACAUGGUCAACACACGGCCUCCUAGACGGAACCCAGCCUGUUCAUUUCGAAAUCCUUCGUCUAGUUCCGUAGAUAGCCUAUCUUUGAUAAUUUUAGCAACAACAAAUUAAUAGAGUUACUCCCCUCCAAUUAUUGCACAUUGUGAGGUCUCCCUUUUUUGGAACAUUAAUAAUAAUACCUUCAUUAUCUCUUGAGUGAGCGCUUUAGAUAUCCAGAACGUUUAACGAGGGGCUGGAUCAGAGAGGCACUCGUUACUGGAUCUACUUUCAUCAAUUCUGGGGGUAUGUUGUCGAUUCCAAGCGCCUUAUUGUUUUUAAUAAGUCUUAUUGAAAUAAAUGGGUUAUCCACUUGUGCAUUACAUUUACAUAUACGGUCAGCAUAGCCAAAAGUUAUAUUAUCUCUUAGAGGUUAACAUGCUAGCCAGUUGUCUUUUAUACAUGCGAUUCGUCGCACCCAAACCUGGUGCUGGGACUACCAGCGGGCCUCCAGACCGGUACGUAGGCAGCAGAAUAUCCUCUGUGCGGGUUAAGGAUACACCGCCAUGAUACAUGUGCUCGGUGAACAGAGCCGGAUAUUUGAAUCGGUGCAUUAUUAUGGAGUAAGAGCAUUUUUUCUUCGUCUAUAGCCAAAUAAUUCGGCAUUAUGUAGAUGUGUGACUUUUUUCCAGUAGUCGAUGUAAAUAACACUUGGAAGUAAUCACUUUUCCGGCAAAUAUGAUUAUUUGACAUAUUUCAUACAGUUUCGCAUUGAUCAUGAAACAACGCUGAGACUCCUUCGAGUUUUGCUUAUGCAACUUCAAACACACGAAUUGAGCAAGUCUGGUAAACAUUGCGACGAACAGUCGAUAUCUUACUCACCGAUAUUGCUCUACGAUUCCAUAGUUAAAUCCGCGGCAGAAUAAAAGUAUAAUAUUAAUAUAAAAUUCUAACAAUACGAUGUAAUACAAUUUAUUAAAUUAGAUUGAGCACAUUGCCAUGUCUCAGUUUCAAUUUCAGCGAAUACUUGACUCCAUAGUAGCAAUCGCAAUUGACCAAACUCCAAGUGCAAUAUUCAGUGAAGUUGGAUAAUCCUACAAACAGUCCAAAGGAGAGUCAUAAUCGAUAAGCUACAGACCUCAAUUGUUCAUGAAAGAUGUAAUAUUCAUUCAAUUUAGGGCCAAAAAUCGAAAAAUGGUAAUGUGUGUACAAUAAAAUAUAUUACUUUAUUUAUUAAAUAAAGUUAUGACCAAGAUCUGGAUCGAUUUAAUUACGAAUACCUUAUUGAGAGAGAAUGUUUUUUUAUACUUACUGCAUUUAAAGUCAUGUGGUUCAAGCUUCGUGAACUUUUUAUAUGUAGACGAAUAUGAUUCGCAAGAUAGUGUGACUUUCUCAGGUCCAUUAGAAUAUUUAUUCCAUAAUGUGUGCACGGCACAAUCACAUAUCAAGGGGUUGUUAUCAAUUUGUAAUUCCUGUAGGCUUGGUAAAUGUGUAAAUUCGUCGGAUGGGAUAAUUACAAGUCCGUUAUUAUUCAAAGACCUAAAAAAAUAAUAAAAUUUUUUUUGGAUUGCUAUUGUCAAUGAUAUUGCUUUAAUGAUAUAUACAUAUUCAUAAUCGAAUAUUUACCCAAUUCGUUGAAACUAUAAUCCGUUUUUUAUCUUCAUGAUGAAUAAUGGGGUGACUAAGCGAAAUGGCUGUUUUAGCACUUUACGAGACAUGUACAAACUUUUAUACAUAAUAAACUAAUAUAUCAUAAUAACAUGCAUAAAUGUAUGUAUGCAUAGGUAUAAAUAGAAGUAGGCGCCCAAUUGCAUUUUGAUAAAGUAUUGCGAUCAAUAAGGGAUGCAUACUCAUGCUCACAAAAAAUAUAAUACAUUAAUGUUUAUUAUUUAACUCGGGCCCACGCUCGCUAAAAAUAUUUGUAUAGCUUUAUUUAUGGCUUGAGUCGACAGAAAUCUCCCGCUGAACCCUCCCCGACGGUGACAACUGGAAAUAGAUACCAUAGUGUCACGACUGUAGAAAGAACGGGCUACAACAGUGGGGGCUCUUAAAUAGCCCAGUCUCAAACGGAGCUUACGGAUACCUGACGCCAUCCGUAAUAAGAUAGCCUUACUUCCGUAAUGGGGGCUAUGCGCAAGCUGAUUUCCCCUACACUCAUGGAUCCAAGAAUGAAUUCAGACAAGAAACUACAAUAAAAACAACAGAGGAGUCCGGCGCACCAUCAAAAAACCCGGAAGGAAUUAGUUGUUCCGGAAAAAGAGCUGCGUUUCAACGAACUCAAAAAAGACAAUUGAAAAGGCAGGAGCUAAACUUGGCCUAGAGACAAUAGCAAUGGCAAGCACUAGCACUGGAGUAGUAGCUAACACUAGCUCCAGUAAAGCAACAACAUCGACGGCAGUCCGAACCAAGCUAAGUAGUCAAAGUUUGACUACAAAGCAGGAAGGCAAAGGUGAUGCCAAAGGUGAGGUUUCUGGCAGUGCUAUCCCCAAAGAAUGGCCUAUUUUCACAGUUGAGGACAUAAAAAAAAUAAUAGCAAAGUAUGCGCAGACACGACGCGCUGCAUACCUAUUAAGAAGGGUAUAUCAGUGCUCAAGCGAUAUCGAAUGCAUAGACAAAGAUGAGUACUCUUCUGGGUCUGAGCUAGUAGUCAGACUCUUAAAACUACAUACUGAGAAAGGCCUUUUAAGCGACCCUCAGGAAGAUGCAGACGUAACUCUAACUAAGGCGUAUUCUACAAAUAAACCUCCACCACAGUAAAUUAGCUUCAUUAGCCCUUCUUAACCCAUUGGCAAAGGAACAGCCUGACUUGGUCCUCACUCAGGAGCCAUGGGUUAAUGGGGGGUGUAUUUACGGACUGAAGACCCUUAUUCUUUAUAUAUGGCAAACAGCGAAGUGACCAAGACAAUACUACAAAGACUACAAAGCAGGAAGGCAAAGGUGAUGCCAAAGGUGAGGUUUCUGGCAGUGCUAUCCCCAAAGAAUGGCCUAUUUUCACAGUUGAGGACAUAAAAAAAAUAAUAGCAAAGUAUGCGCAGACACGACGCGCUGCAUACCUAUUAAGAAGGGUAUAUCAGUGCUCAAGCGAUAUCGAAUGCAUAGACAAAGAUGAGUACUCUUCUGGGUCUGAGCUAGUAGUCAGACUCUUAAAACUACAUACUGAGAAAGGCCUUUUAAGCGACCCUCAGGAAGAUGCAGACGUAACUCUAACUAAGGCGUAUUCUACAAAUAAACCUCCACCACAGUAAAUUAGCUUCAUUAGCCCUUCUUAACCGAUUGUCAAAGGAACAGCCUGACUUGGUCCUCACUCAGGAGCCAUGGGUUAAUGGGGGGUGUAUUUACGGACUGAAGACCCUUAUUCUUUAUAUAUGGCAAACAGCGAAGUGACCAAGACAAUACAGCGGUGAACUGGGAAACUGGUGUACACAAAUAUCGGCUUGUUUCAAGCUAUAUGCCCUUCGACGAGGAUCAAGUACCAUCGUAGCUGGUAAAAGAGCUGAUACAGGACUGUGAGGCAUCCAUGUGCAUGAUUAUACUUGGAUGCGACUAAAAUACUCACCAUACUAUUUGGGGCAACACUGACAUCAACGACAGAUGUGAGUUUCUUUUCAGUUAUCAGAGACAUGGCUCAAAUGAAGAAUUUAUAAGAAUGGCAAAUAGUAACUCAGAUGAAUCUGAGCGAGACAAUGGACUGGGAGACACUAAUGUAAUUGUUUCAGAACCACUUAAAAAGAAGCGAUAGAGGCAUCUAGCACAUUGCUGAAUUUCUUGGAAAGCCCUGCUUGUCCCGGAAUUACAAAGAAGGAUAAAAUUCAAGUUAAUCGGAUACAUGUAAAACUUAUAAAAGAAAAUUUUAAGUUGAAAAAUAUUAGACAAACAACAUUACACGAUUUUUUUUUUUUUUGAGGAAUGGUAUUCUUUUCUUGCAUCAUGCUUUCAGUCGAAAAUUUAAUGUAUACAUACUUAUUAUACUCUCGCAACAAAAGUUGCUCAGUUUGUUCACAUAACGGUUGUUUGUGUCACCAAGAAAUAAAAGAGUUAGAUAUGGGGUUAUAUAUAUAUAAAUGAUCAGGAUGACGAGUUGAGUUGAAAUCCGGAUGUCUGUCCGUCCGUCUGUCCGUGCUAGCGAUAACUUGAGUAAAAAUUGAUAUAUCUUAAUGAAAUGUGGAACACAUGUUCCUUGGGACCGUGAGAGGGUUGCUUCAGAACAAUGCUCCACAAAAUGGCGAAAACCAAAAACAUAUAAAGUGUCAUAACUAAGCCAUAAAUAAAGUUAUAACAGUAAAAUUUGGAAUAAAGGAUCGCACUAGGAAGGGGCAUAUUUGGAUGUAAUUUUUUUUUGUGGAAGUGGGCGUGGCCCCGCAUCUUAGUCGGUUAUUUGUAUAUAUCUCGCAAACCAAUGAAGCUGUACAAACCAAACUUUCUGCAGUCGAUUCUCUUACGUUCCCUACCACCCACCAUGAAAAUAGUUGAAAUCGGAUAAUAACGACACCCACCUCCCAUACAAAUGUUAGGUUGAAAAUUACUAAAAGUGCGUUAACUCACUAACGAAAAACGUCAGAAACACUAAACUAUCAUUCAGAAGUGACAUUGUGUGACAAGGGGCAGGGGGGUCAAAAGCUUUGUGACAUCACAUUUCAAAAUUUGGGGCAAUAUCGUUUCCCGCUCUCUGCGUUCCUGGGUGCUAGACGACUGGCUGCUCUGUACCACGCCGAUCACGCUCGGCUACUUCCGCCAGCGGUGGCGUGGUUUUACCGCUGCAUAUGCAUGCUUGUUGUUGUUUGCAAGACUGACAAGUGCCGUCGCACAUGCUUCGCGCCGGCGCAGUGACUUCUAUUCGUUCCCAUUGUUUACUUGACAAUUGUCUUCUGCCGUGUAACAGUCAUAAAUUUCUAAGUCGUAGUAUUCUGAAGUAUUUUUAAUUAGCAUAAUUAAGUAUCUAUUAUCCACAUGGUUCAAGCAACUCACGACUUCCGGUUUUAGACCAAGUAUCCUCUGGGUAGCCAACAGACAUCCGUUUGAAGGCGAGCUAAAGUGAGAAGGCGAAGCCCGCUUAUGCGGUUGUGCGUAGGGGUUGGGACCCACCACAUAAAAACACCCCCCAAUGAAAAAUCUACGAAAGCCUCGGAUGAGAUACCCCCUUUUGAUGACGACCCCUGCAAACGUUUUAAGGAUAAUGAUAUAAGGGCAUGCACCUGGAAUGUCCGGACCCUUGAUUGGGAAGGUGCCCCUGCCCAGCUGGUUGAUGUCCUCAUACGACUCAAGGCUGACAUCACCGCCAUCCCAGAAGUGCGAUGGACGGGACAAGGACGGAAGAAAGUGGGUCCUUGUGACAUCUACUACAGCGGCCAUAUAAAGGAGAGCAAAUUUGGUGUUGGAUUUGUGGUGGGAGAGAGACUCCGUCGCAGAGUCCUGGCAUUCACCCCGGUGGAUGAACGUCUUGCCACAAUCCGCAUCAAAGCGAUGUUCUUCAACAUAUCGCUGAUUUGCGCCCACGCCCCAACGGAAGAGAAGGACGAUGUGACCAAAGAUGCUUUCUAUGAGCGCCUAGAACGAACAUAUGAGCGCUGCCCCCGCCACGAUGUAAAAGUCGUGCUAGGCGAAAAAGGUGUCUUUGGAACAAUAGUCGGAAAAUUCAGCCACCAUGACGAAACGUCGCCAAACGGCCUGAGGCUGAUGGACUUCGCUGGGGCCCGAAAUAUGGUUGUCUGUAGUACCAUAUUCCAGCACAAAAAAAUUCAUCAAGCAACAUGGCUGUCCUCAGAUCGAAACACGCGCAAUCAAAUCGAUCACGUUGUGAUAGACGAAAGACAUGUCUCCUGUGUUCUAAACGUGCGUACGCUCCGAGGACCAAAUAUUGACUCGGACCAUUAUCUAGUAGCAGCAAAGAUACGCACUCGCCUCUGUGCAGCAAAGAACGCUCGUCAACAAACACAAGGAAGGUUCGACGUCGAAAAGCUGCAAUCGCAACAGACAGCCACGAAAUACUCUACUCGACUUGUACUCCUGCUCUCUGAGAGCACUCAUCAGCAUCUCGGUAUAAGCAUCUCAAACUCACUGCGUACCGCUGCAGCCGAAACAAUUGGUUUUCGGCAACGACAAAAAACAAGCUGGUACGAUGAGGAUUGCCGUCUCGCAGCGGAGAGAAAACAGACUGCCUACCUCGCAACGUUGCAAACGACCACAACACGUGCGGGAUGGGAUAGAUACCGAGAGCUGAAGAGGGAAGCGAGACGCAUCUGCAGACAAAAAAAUAAAGAGGCCGAAAUUCGUGAGUACGAAGAGCUUGGAAGCUGGCAGACAGAGCUUGUCGACAAAAAUACGGUGGACUUUAUUCCGCAUAUACAUAUGUAUUGGUUAAUAUGUGAGGUAUAUUAGCAAAGUUAAGUGAGCGUAUAGUCUUGGAUAUAGUGCACCUUGCUGGUGAAAAUGAAUGAAAUCCGUUCAGGAAUUACCUCAGCCCUCAUAUACUAUAUAUGACGAUUUUCGUUAUUCUAUUAAACUUUAUGCGGAAUUUAUGUGUUAUGUAAAUAAUACUUCUUCAAUAAAUUAUUAAAAACAAGUAAGGAAGGGCUAUGUUCGGGUGUCACCUAACAUUUCAUACUCCCGCAAUUUAUUUAUUCAAUUUUACUAAUAUAACAAACAAUUUGACUCACAUAUUCUGCAUAUAUAUGGCUAAAGUCCAUUGAAAGUUUGAAAACCCUAAUAUUGGUUAUAUGGAAGAUAGAUGAAGUUAUGACCCGAGAUCACUCAUUGUUGGCACGGAGACAUAUUAUUAGAAGAAAAAUAUCUGAGAGACUUAACUAUAAAUUUCGGUAAAAAAAUUGUUAGAAGUACUGAGGUCCUCAUAUUCUAAAUAUAGGGUCUUGAAAACUUAUGGACCGAUUUCGCUGAUUUUUAGAAGGGCGAUGUCACUCUUUAAAUGCAGUAUUUUUGCAAAGUUCUGUUCCGGUAUCUUCACUAGUACUAACUUUAUAUAUUGUAAAGUAAACUAUUCAGACCGACUUCAAAGUUCUGGUAUAUGGGAAGUAGGCAUGUUUGUGAACUGAUUUGGACUAUUUUCACAACAUAUCAUUGGGAAGCUAGGAAGAAAUUAUGCAGCGAAUUUCAUUGAAAUUGGUCGAGUAGUUUCGGAUAUAUGGCUUUUGUCCUAUAAGUGGGCCGAACCACGCCCAUAUAAAAUUUUGCAUACCAUUUUGAAUGCGCACUUCUGUAGCAUCUCUAUAAUGAAAUUUAAGGUUUCUGAUGACUUUCCUUACUGAAUUAAAACAUUUUUUAUAGUUUUCAACAUAACCUUUGUAUGGGAGGUGGGCAUGGUUAUAAUCAAAUUUCCUCCAUUUUUGGACUGUGUAAGGUAGUACCUAAAAGAAACGACUCUAGAAAGUUUCCUUGCUACAGAUUUGGUAGUUUGCAAGAUAUGUACAAAAAACUUAGUAGUACUUCAUACCAAAUUAUAAUAAAUAGCUUAAUAUAUGGCUGAGUUAUAGCUUUUUCGGUAAUUGCCAUUUUGUGGUCCGAUUACGCCCAUCUUCGAACUUAUUUCUUAAUUAUGGUGCCAAGAAAUACGUCUUCCAAGUUUCAUCAAGAUAUUUAAAUUAUUACUCAAGUUAGAGUUUUACGGACGGACGGACACACAGACAUCCGGAUUAGAACUUUACUUGUCACCCUGAUCAUUUAAAUCUAUAUAACCCUAUAUCUAACUCGUUUAGUUUUAGACCUUACAACCAACCGUUAUGUGAACAAAACUAUUAUACUUGCUACUCUCGUAACAACUUCUUUGCGAGAGUAUAAAAAAAUUAGAAUCAAAAGUGCUAUUCGAUUAGCCGUGAAAAUCGAUUAUUCUCAAUGCUUCUGGUCCGGACCAUCACGGAUAAUCGAGACCCGACUGUAUGUAUGUAAAUAAGAAAAAAACACACAGAGUAUUUUAAUAAUAUAAUAAUAAAACAUUUCGCAAUUAAAUAAAUUUCUGUAACAAUGGAUUUAAACUGAGGAUAUUCUAAAAUAUUUUUUACUUCUUUAGUUGUCCUACAAACUUUGUUUCUGCAACUACAAAUACAUUUUUUAGAUACAAGAAAUCGCUAUCAUUUGACAUGUAUGAACGGUUUUAUUUUAGAACAUAUAUAAUAUAAAACUUUUAUAUAUUCUGUAGUUAAUUUUUUGUUGGUGAUCAAAGUAAAGGUAUUGCCGAAUAUUUUUGUUGUUUGGCUACGAUUUUAUUUCCCCUUAUAAACUUAACUUGAUUCUUAAACAAGUUUAACGAUCUUUCAGCUAUUCGAAUAUAACUUUCUGUAUCUUCCUGAUCUGAAUGGAUUGUUGCACAAUUUGAGGCUAUUUCAUCCUCCUCAGCAUUGCAUUCCUCUACGUGGUUUUCCUUUCCAGGGAUAUAUUUCACGUCGAAAUCAUACUCGUUGAGGCGAAUUCUCCACAUCUGCAGCUUUGUUGGUUCUUUUAAAUUAUGUAGUAAUUAAAUUAAAUUAUGUGUAAUUGAAGUGGUCUAUGGUCGCUAUUUAUAAUAAACUUUCUACCAAACAAAUAUGGUCUAAAAUAUUUUGUGGACCAAACCAUUGCUAAUAACUCCUUCUCUCUAGUUGUAUAGUGAAGUUCAUACUCAUUCGCGAAACAAAUGGGUUUUAAGGUCAUUUAUUUCUAUAUUACUCAUAUAUAUUACAUAGCUUCGCUAGGAACAUCAAAUACCAUUUAUAAAAU